AUGCGAGAAACAGGAGCAAUCUUCACUUUUGGGAAGAGCAAGUUUGCUGAUAAUGUGCCCAGUAAAUUCUGGCUGAAGAAUGACCAUCCAGAAGAAAUCUCGUGUGGGGGUGAUCACACUGCUGUCGUAACAGGCCAUAGCAGGCUGUUCAUGUUUGGAAGUAAUACCUGCGGUCAGCUAGGACUGGGGUUAAACAUCAACGUCAACAAGCCCACUGCUGUGAAAGUGUUGAAGACUGAAAAAGUGAAGUUUGCAGCAUGUGGAAGAGACCACACAAUUGUGUGCACAUGGAGUGGGCGUGUUUAUGGUGCUGGCAGUAACCAGGAGGGGCAGCUUGGUUUGGGACACUGUGAUGACACAAACACCUUCCACCUGAUUCGUCCCUUCUCUGACCACGCACCAAUCAAAAUGCUUGCUGCUGGCUGCAACACCUCAGCUGCUCUGACAGAGGAUGGCAGGCUGUUCAUGUGGGGUGAUAACUCGGUUGGCCAGAUCGGUCUGGGGGCAGAGAGCUACGCCUCAGAGCCUAGAGAGGUGAUGGUGGGGCAGUCAGUGGCCUGGGUGUCCUGUGGAUACCACCACUCAGCGUUCGUCACAGUGGACGGGGACCUCUACACGUUUGGGGAGAGUCGGAACGGAAGGCUGGGUCUAUUCCCUGACCAGCUGGCCAAUCACAGAGUCCCUCAGCAGGUGGAAGGCAUCCAGGACCCAGUCAUCCAAGUGUCCUGUGGAGGGGAGCACACAGUGGCACUCACAAAGGAGGAUGUGUACACGUUUGGGCGGGGUCAGCAUGGUCAGCUGGGCCAUGGGACCUUCCUAUUCGAAGCACCUCUGCCCAAAGCACUGGUCCACUUCCGGAACGGCAGAGUCAGUCACGUCACCUGUGGAGAGAACCACACCGCUGUGAUCACAGACAGUGGGAUUCUGUACACCUUUGGGGAUGGUCGCCAUGGUAAACUAGGACUGGGGGAAGAGAACUUCACCAACCAGUUCAGACCAACACUGUGCCCACGCUUCCUCAAAUACAGUGUCCAGUCAGUGGCAGGUGGCAGCUCUCACAUGCUGGUGCUGGCUAUGCCCAGACGCCCAGAGGUUGAGGAAGUGGUGAUAGAGGAAGAUGAUGUCACAGAGACCAUUCUGGAGACUCUGGAGACCUACACUGAGCUGCUGUUGAUGGACCCCUCCCUCCUGAUGUCCAACCCACCGACCGCACCUCCUCUCUGGACCCUGUCUGCUAGGGCCCGCCGCAGGGAGAGGGAGUGUUCUCCAGAGCAGUUUGGCCAGAUGUUCCGUAACCUUCCUCCUCUGAUGUCUGGCUUCUUCAACACCUCCCUUCCCGUGUCCAGGAACAUCCGCAUCUCCAGAACACCAUGUAAAGACCCCUCCACCUCCUCACUGUCCUCCAAUCCCUCCCCAAACAACGCCCCCAGUCCCUCUCUGUCACUCAAACCCAGAGGUAAACCCCCUUUAACACCAUCACGGUCACCCCAAUUCACAUUCCCAGACCCUCCCUGCCCUUCACUCUCCUCAAAGUCCAGCCCUAAGAAGAAGAAGCCCACCCCGUCAAAAUCACCAAAAUCCACAUGUAAAGAACCCAUUAGCCCCUCACAGUCCUUCAAAUCCAUGCCUAAACUCAUCCCCGACCCCACACUGACCCCUAAAAGCCCAUUUAAAAAGCCCACAGAUUACAACCAAUACCCCAAAACGCUGUCUAAGGGGCACCCAAGCCCUUCUCGGAGUCCCACCUCACCACAGACAGAGAGGAACGAGGACACAGUGACAGAAGCCCCCGAGAGCCUGAUGCUCAUUGAGAAUAUGGAGGAUGAAAAGGACACGUUAUCAAACUUGGCAUCACUAUCGAGAGGAGAUUCUGGCGAUGAGACUGGGACUACAUCUGCAGAGCAGAAGGAUAAGGGACAUAAAAAGGCUAGGGCUCUUUGGAGAUCUGUGAAGGAGGCAGAGAGGAAGGUUGAACAAACCCUGAUCAACAGGAAGGAGGAGCUACCUUCCCAUAAAGCCCUUCCCACUGAGCUCCAGAGAAGUUCCAGUUUGAGUUCGUUGAAGGCAGAGGCCAUUCCCACAAAGAGUUCCAAACCACUAAAGACCCCUCAGAACCCCCAAACCCCAGCCAGGGGCAAGGAGAACAUCACUUUGACAACAGAAAAGGCUGGCCUUAAAGUGAAAACCAGUAAACUAGAGAGCAAUCUUCAAAGCACAGGUAAAGCAGGGUCUAAGCUAAGUACACCUGCAAGGAAACAAAGCAAGUUAUCUGAAUCAAAACCUAGCACUCCUAAACACAGUCAGGUCCAGAUAUCUGUGUCUAAACCCAGCACUCCAAAGCAUGAUCAAAGCAAGUUGUCUGAGGUGAAUAAAGGUACAGAGAUGAAAGGUAAAGGCCCUGUAAAGAUCAGAAGUAAGGAGGCAAAGGAAGAUACUAAAACUAUUGAAGUUCAAAAUAAACCACUUCAAGAGGUCAAGUCCGCUUCAGUUAAAGGUAAACAAUUAGAGGUCAAAUCCACCCCUGUGAAAAGUAACAUUCAAGAGGCCAAAUCCUCUACAGUCAAAGUUAAAGGUAAACCUGUGGAAAAGGAGCCAAUUCCAAUUAAAACUGUGGCUGAAAGCACUCCUUUGAAUGUAAAGAGGAUUCCUAAGGAGGUAGUAGAUAAGAACAAACCAUCUGAAGGUAAAAGCACUCCAAUAAAGGGACAAAGGAAGGCAAAAGAGGUGAAUGAACAAAAGACUGGAGAGUCUAUUACUCUCAAAGAGUCAGGGACAACAGAGGGGAACAAAAUGGCAGUUAAAGAUAAAGGCAAAGUCACAGAAACAAAAAGUGCACCCACCAAAACAAAAAAUGUGCCUAAACCUGAAGAGGUUAAAGCUAAAUUGACUGAGUUGAAUGGAACCCCGGUGAAAGUGAAAAGCAAGCCAACAGAGGUUUCCAGCCAACCAAUCUUAGUAGAACCUACCUCAAAGGCCAAAGCACCAUCUGCAUCACUGUCAUUAUCAGAUGCAAUGCCUCAAAAUACUUGGGAUAAGAAGUCAGUGAAGUCUGAGCUUAGAGAGCCACUGGCUGUCUCACAGGUCAAAGAUAGAGUGGCGGUCCCAGGGGAAGAUACCAUUGGUGAAUCCCAGGAGGGGGAGCCUGGCUGGGGAGGAUUUCUCAGCGAUGCAGCCUCUCUCCUUCCAGCCGUGGGGGUGGCAGGCGUAGCCAUGGGGGUCUUGAGUGAGGCGGUGACAAGUGUGAGGGGGUUUCAGUCAGAGAGUGACACAGCCACCUCUAUUCCUCCUCGGCGGUCCAGCCGGGUAGAGAGGUUCACCAAACAGAGCGCCAUCACCCAGCCUUCCUCCUCCUCCUCCUCUUCAACAUCAGAUCCCAGUGCAGUAGCGCAAAGAAACAGGACCGCCAUACGCAUCAGUGUUCUUGGGAAUUCUGAUCAGGAAGCAGGGAGCAGGAGUUCUGAGAAGAACCCAGACAACACAGAGGCUGCUAGUGACAGGUCAGGAGGUCAGGCCGAGGUUGAUGACGAUGAAAACACUAGUAGAGGUCAAAGGUCAGAGGCUGAGAAUGAUGAACAUGAAGAUUUCACAAAGAGACAGGGAGAGGAGGAUGACAGGAGUAGUAAGGGUCUGGAAGAAGAGGAGGAUGACAGAAGUAGUAAGGGUCUGGAAGAAGAGGAGGAGGAGGAUGAUAGGAGUAGUAAGGGUCUGGAAGAAGAGGAGGAGGAUGACAGGAGUAGUAAGGGUCUGGAAGAAGAGGAGGGGGAGGAUGACAUGAGUAGUAAGGGUCUGGAAGAGAGCAGUGAACAGAACGAAGGGGGAGAAGCAGAAGACAGUGAUUCUGUGGCCAGCAGAGAAGGAGAGGAGGAUAGAGAAGAGAAGAGUGAAGAGAGCCAGGGCGCGGAGGGGGAGGAGAGCAAAGAGAGUGAUUCUGAGGGGACAGGAGAGGGUGAGGAGAGCAAAGAGAGUGAUUCUGAGGGGACAGGAGAGGGUGAGGAGAGCAAAGAGAGUGAUUCUGAGGGGACAGGAGAGGGUGAGGAGAGCAAAGAGAGUGAUUCUGAGGGGACAGGAGAGGGGGAGGAGAGCAAAGAGAGUGAUUCUGAGGGGACAGGAGAGGGUGAGGAGAGCAAAGAGAGUGAUUCUGAGGGGACAGGAGAGGGUGAGGAGAGCAAAGAGAGUGAUUCUGAGGGGACAGGAGAGGGGGAGGAGAGCAAAGAGAGUGAUUCUGAGGGGACAGGAGAGGGUGAGGAGAGCAAAGAGAGUGAUUCUGAGGCAAGCCUAGAGGAGGAGGGAGAGGAGAAAAGUGAAGAGAGUGAUGGGGAAGGAGAAGAGGGAGAGAGUGGUUCUGGGACAAGUGGAGAGGGGGAAGAGGAGGAUAAGAGUGAAGAAGAGUCCAGUGAUGAAGAGAGUGGGGAUGAAAACAAAGAGGACAAGGAGGAGGGUGGUGAUGAAUCAGGAAGUGAGGCUGAGAGCAAGAGUGAGGGAUCAGCAGAAGAGGAGGAAGAUGAACAAGCAGAAGAAUCAGAGAGUGAAGAAAGUAAAGCUACCGAGUCAGGAGAGGAGGAAGGAGAGGGAGAGAGUGGAACAGAUGAGGAAGGAGAGGGAGAGGGUAAGGAAGGUUGUGAAAGUGAAGAAGAGGAGGCAAGUGUAAGUGAGGAGGAGGAAGAAGAAGAGGAUGACGAUGAGGAAAAUGGUGCAGAAAGUGGAGAAGGUGAGGGCAAUGUAGGAGAAGAAGAGGAAGCAGUUGAUGGUGAGGAAGAAGAGGAUGAAAAUGAAGGUGAAGAGGAGAACGGUGAAGUCGAAGAGGGUGAGGAGGAAGAGGAGGGAGGAGAGGAUGAUGAGGCAGAGGAUGAAGAUGCUAGUGGAGAGGAGGAACUUGAAGAUGAAAAAAGUGAGGAAGAGGAGGGCGAAGAAGAAGAUGAGGGGGAAGAAGAAGAUGAUAAAGGAGAAGGGGAGGAGGGAGAAGGGGAGGAAGAGGGUGAAGGGGAAGAAGAGGAAGAAAGUAAAGAUCAGGAAGAAGGAGAAGAGAAUAAUGAAGAGGAGAAAGGAGAUGAUGAGGGUGAGAAGGAAGGAGAGGAAGAUGGUGAAAAACAGGAAGAUGAGAAAGAGGAAAUCGAAGUGGAUGAAGAGAGAGUGGAGGAAGCGAACAAACAAGAAGAGGAAAGGGAGAAGGAAGAGGAGGAAGAGAAGGAAGAAAAAAAAGAUAGACAGGAAGUAGAUGGAAAAGACACAGAGGGAGAGGAGGCUGGAGAAAAGGGGGAAGAGAAGGGAGAUGAAAAAGAAGGGAAAGAAAAUAAAGAAAUUGAUGGUGAAUUAGAAGAAGCUGCUGCAGGGGAACAGAAAGGGGAGAUGAAGGUGGAGGAAACGGGAGAGGAAGAAGGUGAAGAGGAAGGAGAAGAAGAAGUGGAGGAAGAAAAAUAUAUUAAAGAAGAACAAGUUGAGGAAGAAGAAGAUGAGAAAGAUAGUAAAGAAGAAGAAGAGGAGGGGGAAGAGGAGGAAGAAGAUGAGGAGGAAGAUAAAGAUACUCCCCCCAGCAGGAAAGGGAUGGAAGAUCCCCCGAGGGAGAAACCCAAACCAGCAGCCCGUACCAAACAGAUGACCACAGGGGGAAAACAGGCCAAAAGUACCCAAGAAUCCCAACAGUUCUGGAAUAAUGUCUUACCCCAGUACCUGGAGCUGAAGUGA